AUGAAGUGCUGGUCUCCGCAUUCUGUACGGAAGAAUCUUGCAAAACACCUGCGGGAUCUUAAGGAGGAUUCGGACGCCCCGCCAGCACUCCGCUGCCUCGCAGCGGAAAGCAGUUGGGACAGUAUUGAUGCAUUUGGUGAUACCUGCAAUGAAGGAAGUGGUGCAACUUGGGGCUAUUCCGAGCUGGAGUUUAGUGGGGGAGAAAUUGAUGAGGCGAUCCGAGAGGAAGUGUCCUCGCGACAAUCGUCAUUAACUCCGGUUGGAACCAAAAGGGAGCUUUGUAUUGGUGACAGUGCGGAAGAAGUAUCUGGGUUCAUACGGACACUCAGUUCAGGGUCACCGGUAGGCCGUUCUGUGAAGGGUGGCGGUGGGCGUAAAGUUAGUUGCACCCCAAAGGGACGGUUUAUGAACCACGACGGUGCUAGGGCUUUAUCUGUUUUACUUCCCCUUACGGGUUUAAGACAUCAUCCAACGUUUCCUGUAGAUCCGUCGCUUAGUUGCAGUCAGGUGCGCAAGUCGGGUGGGAAUAAGUUCAAGUCUGCGCCGUUGCUACUGUGUGACAACAAACAAAGGAAACCAAUUUCUAGCCGUCAACCAAAGGGUUCUUUUCGGAAUCAUCGGGCACAUCUGCACCAACCACUUGCAUCGCUGCAGCCCGAAUCGUUCUUUGCUUCCUACCCUUGCGGUAGGUUGCAUCACCUCGUUAGAAAUCCAAAAGUCAAACAGUUUGUGGCAUAUAGAAGCGGCAACGGCAACAGCGACGUGUCGAACUUUGCUCUGGACGCCACGGUGACACGCCGUUCCCGCCGCCAGAGAGUAAAUGAGCAUUUGUUCGUGGAUGGAGAAGUGAAACCCCACCCGCGUAGCCGGACACACUCCAAACAUUUAUCCGAGUCCCUCCUAACCCCUACCGCCAGCGCGCCUAUUUUGGAGCUUUUGGCCCCGCGGAAAACGCCGCACAGAAAUGCGGGUGAAGGCGUACGUGGGGGAACGCUAAGUGUUCGUAGUCAGUUCGACUAUUGCUUCAGCCCGGGAGGAACCUCACGGAGCUCAAACAACAAUCGCAUCAUCCGCCAGGGUUCUGCGGAAUGGUUCGAGCGCGCCUCUGGUGGGCAAAACAGUCAAUCGAAUUUGUAUUGGAGGCAUGCAACUCGCGUGCGUGCCGCCCUCACAAUGCGAGGUAUGGGAGAUGGCGGUGAUGCGGGUGCGGCGCUAUCGCAAGAAUGCGGCAGUCCAGUCAGUUCAUUAUGGGCGAGCACAACUUUCACAAUUGAUAUGCGGCCUUCCCUGUGCGAUGCGCCUUUAGACAUCCUCAUGACAUCAUCCGCAACAACAGGCAGUCCAUACACCACCAUUGGGUAA